GAUGCUGAGAGAGUUGAGAGUGAAAGAUAAAGAUAGCCCAUCGCAAAUUCCACUCACAUAAUAACGCACCUUACCUUUGUUCUCUGUCACAAACACCCGUUGUAACGAAAACUGCCAUUGUUUAGAGACCAUAGCGUGGUUUUAUUGAAACCACUGAUCCUUUUCUCCUGAAACCAACAAACACAUAAAAGUUAAAAAAACAAAACCACCGAUUCCCAAUCCCAAACACACGCUUCUUUAUAAGAACCCACCAACCGGUUAUUCCUACUACCACAAACCGCUCUCCGAUUUCUCCCUUGUCUCUGCAACUCCAUGCCAAUUUUUCAGGGCUCAUGAUGGAAGCCUGAACUAGUGGGUAAAUAAAAGUUAAAAAAAAAAAAAAAAAGAAGAUAACCCCACUACACUAGUCAUAAAAGGGGGAGGCUUUAUGAAUGAUGAUGAAUUAUGAAUUAUCAUAAUCAUAGUUGCUUUUUAAUUUACUUUGUUUGAAAUUUUCCUUUUUACGUUUGGGGUGGUGAAAUAGGGACCAGUUGUUUGGGUUUUACCCUGGGGGGUGUUUGGCCUUCUACUCGUAAGGCACUAAUAAUUCUGGCUGAAAUAGGAGUCCUAGACAUAAAUGCAAAAGAAAUUGAAAGGGGGAGAUAAAGGUAGCCAAAAGAAGGAACAAAACUACAAACUCUUCUUUGUUCUGCUGUCUGAUACAUGCACGUCUGGUCCUUUGAUCAUGACCACUGAGCCUCUCUUCGCAUGUCGUUUUUGAGCCCCAUCGUGAUUCUAUUCUCAGAAACAGGAGUAGCCGAGAAAGCCGGGGAAAAAAGUUACCUUUCUUCCCUUUUAUUCAAAACCUCUAUUUUCUAAAUCUCUUUCUCCACUGCUUUCAGAUUGGAGGUUUAACAUCACAAAGAGAGAGGCUCCUUUCUAUUCAUGGUUUCUGCCUUUCCUUAGAGUGACUGCAGCUUUUCCCUUUUCUUAACAAAAUUUAUAGCCUUGGUUUUCAACUUUUCAUGUUGCAUCCUCAAACUAAUGGCAGUGUUUGGUUGGCAACCUUGUCCUUUCAGGAAACAUAAAAGCAAGCUAUGGUGAGUAGUGAGAGAAACAAAACAAGGUCUGAUGGCAGAUUCUGGUUCCUCCGAAAAGCACAAGAAACCCGCUUCGUCUUUCUUCAGUUCUCCGAGGUUGUUCACCAAUUUCACUCCCAAAGGCUUCCAUGAAACCGAAACCAUGAUGAGCCCUACCUCCAUACUCGACACCAAGCCUUUCUCAGGGUUCAAGAACCCUUUUUGGUCCGAAACUAACAGCCCCAGAACCCCGGGGGGUGAACACAAGCGUCACUGGGAUAAAUUGGAUUCGAAAGGUGUUGGUCUUGGCCUCGUUGAUGCUCUUGUUGACGAAGAAAAGCACGGUGGUGAAGUGAGUUCAAAACCGGAGACUCGAAUGGUUCUGUUCGGAUCCCAGCUUAAGAUUCAGAUUCCUCCACUGUCUCCUUCUGAAUCGCCCAAAUUCGUUGUUGAGAAGGGAAAUUCUCAAAUGGGUUCUUCCUCUUCUUCUGCGUCUGGGGGUGCUAAUUCUCAGCGAGUUUUUAUGGGGUGUCUCUCUGCAAGCGAAAUGGAACUCUCUGAGGACUACACGCGCGUGAUUUCGCACGGGCCGAACCCGAGAACCACUCACAUAUUCGAUAAUUGCAUCAUUGAGAGUAGCUGCUUUGAACUUGGGUGCUCUGCUUCUACUAAAGAGAAUGGGUAUUUGGUUGAUCACGCCAGCUAUCACUCUCGGAGCUUUCUCAGUGUCUGUUUUCACUGCAAAAGAAAUCUUGGCCAGGGUAAAGACAUCUACAUGUAUAGGGGUGAAAGGGCAUUUUGCAGCAACGAAUGCAGGUACCAGGGGAUGCUGUUGGAAGAAGAGAUGAGCAAAUUGGAAGGCAACGAUAUUUAUGGGCCUUAGUUUCAUUCCUUUAGUCCCACCCUUCCACCCAAAUCCAUUCAAUCUUUGCUUCAAAGGGCAUAGAAUAACAUCACCACCUUCACCUUCACCUUCAUUUUUCUAGGACACAAAAUAGUCCUUGGAAAUCCUGAAUCCCUGUACCUGGUUUUUCUAUUUCUGCUUCUGACCAUCUCUGAGAUAGCUGUGAAGAAGAUGUGGAGAGGAAUAGAAAGGCAGAGAUGGUGUAGAGGUGAUUUUUAUUGAAAUGAUGAAUUAGGGCAUUGCUGUUGGGUUGGCCACAGUUUUGUAAUGAUACAUGUGUAUGACUUGAGCUUACAUUAUCUUUUGCUUAUUUUGUUUAUAAUAUAAAGUGUUCCACAGUAAUAAUAAUAAUACUAUAAUCACG